AUGGAUGACUUCGCGGUAGAACUACUAGCAGCCCGGCGCGAUGAAUCGCCAGAGCGGCCGCCGGAGCCGAAGGCGCCUUCAGAACUGGAUCCGUCAACGGCGUCACCCCAUCGAUCUGGUGGUUUGCGAAGCGGCCUUGCAGCCCUUCGAGAGAAGGCGAACAUCCAAGAUCGCUUGGUAGAAAAAUUACUUCAACAAGUCAUCCCGGCCGAAGACGAUCAUGGACCCGAUGUUUCGAUAUCGUCAGACGGCGCGGCAUUCCCGCAACGGCCUGGCUUCAAUCUCACCACAAUGUCCAACAAUUUUCGCCGCUUCAACGCCCGAAUCGGAGUCGUGUUCAAGUUUCAGGCUCGAAUGACCCGCAUUAUGUGCUGGCGCAAGCCGUCGCACACGCUAUCUCUGCUCGCCACCUACACCUUUGUCUGUCUCGACCCAUAUCUCCUCUUCGUCUUACCCAUUGUCGGGCUUCUCCUGGGCGCAUUCAUACCAGGAUUCCUAGCGCGGCAUCCCGCGCCCCCAAAGGGUACUCUAUCUAGCGAACAGAGUAUGGGAUAUUCGCCAAAGGGGCCUCCUCUAGCGCCGGCGGCGACGGUACGCCCUGCAAAGGAGCUGAGCAAGGACUUUUUCCGGAACAUGGGCGAUUUGCAGAACUGCAUGGAGGAUUUUACUCAGGGACACGAUGCGGUGGUUUCGUUGCUGGUACCCAUUAGCAAUUUCAGCAACGAGGCGCUAUCCUCGGCCGUGUUUCUCUUCCUCUUCGCCGCCGGCAUCUCCAUGACCAUUGCAGCACACAUCAUUCCAUGGAGAUUUGUCUUUCUUAUAGGCGGAUGGGCCGCCAUCUGCUCAGGACACCCUGCCGUUUCCCGCUUGCUGAUGGAGACCCGCGAGGAGCACAUCCAGCCAAGAGAGGAAAAAGCAAAGACCUGGAUGGACGGCUGGAUUGCUACUGAUGUUAUCCUCGAUUCGGCGCCCGAAACCCGGGAGGUGGAAAUCUUUGAACUACAAAAGACAUCCGGCGCAGGUGAGUGGGAGGCCUGGCUCUUUUGUCCGUCGCCUUACGACCCUCUGUCUCAGCCUCGCAUCGCUGGCGAGCGACCACGUGGCACGCGCUUCUUUGAGGACGUGAUGCCACCAGACGGAUGGGAGUGGAGCGAGAAGAAGUGGGCUUUGGAUCUCUGGAGCAGGGACUGGGUCGAAGAGCGUAUCAUCACCGGAGUGGAAGUCGAGACGGAAGGAGAACGGUGGGUUUACGACAUUUACAAUGAGCGCGAGGAGCGCACAGGGGUGGCCGACCAGCCCGAGAAGGGAAGCUUUAAAGGCGUAUCGAUGCCGCAUAUGAGCUGGGAAGAGGGUGAUGAUGGGACGGGUAAGAAGGGGGAAUGGAGACGGAGGCGAUGGGUGAGGUUGGUCAAGAGAAAAGUGUCUGCGGCUGCGGCUGCAUGA